AUGCGCUGCAAUCGAGAACCUUGCCCGGAGUGUGGUAAGAUGUAUCCUGCUUCUUACCUACCAAAGCACUUAGCCAGUGGUCUUGGAGGUUGCGAUGGCAUGGUGCAGGUGUCGAACAGUCCACCAAUCGAUCCAAUCUGGCAAACGCACACCCGCGAAUCAAACGACUCUGGAUAUCAGAGCGACGAGCCUGGGGUUACUGAUCAGACCAUGGACUUUGUGAAACAACUCCUCCGGCAACCAGGAUCUCGCAAGGAUCGAAUCUCAUGCGACCUUUGUGGCGAAAGCUUUAGCACCUGUGGGGAUGCGCUGGCGCAACACAUGGGAGAUCACUCGCUCGACUUUACAGAAAAGCGACACAAGUGCGACGAAUGCCGCAUCUACUUCGCGAACGAAAAAGAUUUGGAGCGACACCUCCAAUCUUCCAACCUCAACCAACAUUGCGGAUUCACAUUCCACCAUAACGCCAGAUGCACCGGCCACCAUCCGCCAACCUACUUCAAAGCCGCAUUCGUAAACGACCACAAUCUCAUGCAAAAGCACCUCUGGGCCUGGGAACUGUGCCAAUUGCGCAGUCACAGAGUCGCAAUUGCAAGAAUCCUAGCCGAGAAACUCAACCAAAUGAAUCCCACCCGUCCCAUGCGCAUCCAAGAUUGUCGACGAACAUACGCUUCCAUGCUCCCACAUUUCUCCAUGGCGGCGACUCGCGAUAGCGUUCGAGAACUAGACGACCAAGACCUCACAAGUCUAGACAAACACUUCAGCCAAGUCCUCGACGAAGUCUAUCCGGAAUCGCCACUAGCAUCUCUCGGAAAUUCCGGCCAACGACGUCCAGAUUCUGGCAUCAUUGCAGCACGACCGGAGAGCAAAAGACUCAGUAAACGUAAGAGUCUCGUCGACCUUGCGAAAAGGCUGAAUGUGGAGGAGAAGGUGAAGAUGAAACAUAAACGACAUGCCUUGAGUGCUUCUGGUUUUGCGCUUUUGAGACAGCAGGCUGAAGCCAAAGAGAAGGAGAAUCGUCAUGCGAGUGUGCCUGUGAUGCGUUCGGCGCUUGUUGCAGUUUGA